ACACCAGUCACGCUACAUUUGACAGGCGCCAGAUACGUCUUUCAGUCUUUUGUGUUCUUCUUGCUGGUGUUUAACUAAACCUGCUGUCUGAAAACACAGACGCAAUGGCCUCUCGUCUUGUAAGCCAACUAGACUUUGCAAUGAGACGCCAACUUGCUUUGAAAGGUAUAGUGAAACUAGAUGGACAACUCAUCGAGAGCUACCCCGAGAAACCAAAAACUGUGCGAAUAUUUAUCAGCUCAACAUUUACUGACACUGCUGUUGAACGCAAUGAAUUGAUGGUGAAUGUGUAUCCCAAGUUGAAAGCGUUCUGCAGUGAGCUAGGAUACGAUUUCCAGGUUGUCGAUAUGCGCUGGGGGAUUAGAGACGAAGCCACAGCUGAUCACUUAACGGUAGAGAUAUGUAUAAAUGAACUGAGGAAAUGCCGAACAAUCUCAACUGGACCAAGUUUUGUGACUUUGCUUGGUCAGAAGUAUGGCUACAGGCCACUCCCAAGAGUGAUUGCAGCUAGUGAGUUUGAAACUCUCCUCGAUGCAGUUGAGCAGACUGAGAAGACACUUUUGAAAAUGUGGUAUCGUCUUGAUAGCAACGAAUUGUUUGAGUCUGUCAAUGUGCUGCAGCCAAUCACGACAUUCUAUAAUCACUAUAACGAUACAGAGCCUAUGAACAAGGAGCUUCGUGACAUUCACAGAUCACAAUGGUGGAAAGACUUUCUGAUCAUGCAAAAAGCACUUCGAAAAGCUGCUUCUGGGACUUUACAAUCUGCAAUUUCGCACAAAUACUUUAUGUCAGUUACUGAAGAUGAGAUAAGACAUGGUAUUGUCAAUGUUGGUCCUUCCUGUAAGGAUAGCUGUCUUUGGUUCUAUCGAAUAUUCAAUAAUCUGACAGAGAGGGCUAGUGAUAGGCUCGCUGGAAACUACAUCGACAAGAACUGGGACCACGGUGGAGUCGAUACGACAAGUCAAACAUUGCUCGAAGAAUUAAAAAGCACUAUUAUACCAUCAGUUUUACCAGAAGCAAAUAUGGAGCAUUUUGAGUUGGAUUGGACUGGAAAGGGAGUCGAAUUUGCUACUAAUGGUCAACAUGCUGCUUAUCUUCAAGACUUCUGUUUACAGUUUAAGUAUCGACUAAUGAACAUGAUCACUACAGCAGUCGAGGAUCGUGCUACCAAGCAACCUUUUACUGACAAUGAUGUGUUACUAACUGAAGUAGUUGCUCAUGUUAACCAUUGCAUUCUUGCUUCACGGAAUUUUAGAGGACGACAUGAUGUCAUCUCUACAGUCCAUGACUGUCUCAGAUCUAACUCACUGUGUGUUUUGUAUGGUCCACCGGGCAUCGGUAGAUCUGCUAUUGCCGCUCGUGUGGCAUACCAUGCAAGUGGGCAGUUGUCAGAUAAAAUGACUGACGGAGCAGUUGUGAGUCGGUUCAUUGGGGCUACUUCACACUCAACGACAAAACACCGUCUGCUUCGAAGUUUGUGUUUUCAGUUGAAAGAGGUUUACGACAAACACGAAUUGGCAAUACCUCAGAGAUCAAGAGGGUUGAUUACAUCAUUCCAUCAGUGCUUGAGCCUGGCCUCACGAGAUAAGCCACUUCUUGUAGUACUCGAUGGACUUGAGUUGCUCUGCUCAAACAAUGGAGAUGUAGUUGAUCGAUAUGAGUGGUUGCCGACCGCUCUGCCAAGCAAUGUUCAGUUACUUGUUACAAUUCAGAGUGAGAGCGAUGGAAAAGCAGCUGAGACCGAUAGAUUUCGUAUAUUGAAGAACAUACUACCGGCUUCUUCUUUCGUUGAAGUGCCUCAUCUCUCUGCAAGCGAGGCCAAGUCAAUGCUACGUGCAUGGCUACAAUCAGCUGGCCGUACUCUGACUGAGAGUCAACAGAGUAUUGCUGAUGAUGCCGCAGUUAACUGCCCUCUACCUCUCUAUGUGAGACUACUGGCAAGUGAAUGCAGCAAGUGUCCAUCGUACUGUUCUCCUCAGGAGUUGACGUUGGCGUCAUCUGUAGAAGACCUGGUGAUCACGUUUCUUGAGCAGCUAGAGGUACGACAUGGUCAGAAGUUAGUUAGUCAUGCUUUAGCGAUUAUCACUGCUGCAAGAAACGGUGUCAGUGAAUCAGAAUUGGAGGAUAUUUUAUCGUGUAAUGAUGAGGUCUUGGAUGAUGUUUAUCAAUACUGGACACCACCGUUGAGACGAUUACCUCCAAUGCUGUGGCUGAGAAUUCAAGCAGAUUUGGGUGACUAUCUAGUCAAAAGGGAUUCUCAAGGUGCUGGCCUGCUUGCUUGGCGUCAUCUGCCUUUCCAUUGUGUUGCUAGUAGUCGAUACCUGGACACUGAGAAUGCUAGAGUACUAGCACAUAGUGCAAUAUCUGACUACUUUCUUGGGCAAUGGGCUGGUGGUCAGCUAAAACCAUAUGUCAACAAACACGGGUUGAUGCAAUUGUCUGACAGGGGACUGCCUUUGCAGCCUCUUGUUUUUCAUGAAGAUCCGACAAGCAAGAAAUACAAUUUUAGAAAAUUGGAUGAACUUCCGUACAACUUGUGUCUAGAUGGAAGACUGGAGCUGCUGAAAUCUAAGGUGCUGUGCUGCUAUGACUUUCUACGCACGAAAAUAGAAUGCUACUCCUUGUCUGCAUUGCUGGAUGACUUUCAGUUAGCUGUAGGCAACUAUCCUGAUGACAGAGAACUAAACAUUAUGCAAGAGACCCUUCGCAUAUCUGGACAAAGUUUAGAUAAAAGGCCACAUGAGCUUGCUGGUCAGAUUAUUGGAAGACUAAGAGCACUGCUUGUAAAUGAUGACUUGCCCAGUCUUCGUGAUUUGUGCUGUAAGAUAUUGCAGAGCCAUAAGUGCUGUUUGAUACCAACAUCAUCCUGUCUGACACCUCCUGGACUGCGGCUUCGCAUGGUGUUGGCUGGUCACAACGGAGAAGUUAAACACGUUGCAGCUUCUUCAGAUAAUGCCACGGGCCUGUCAGUUGCUGAAGAUCAGAAGCUGAAACAUUGGGACUUGAAGACUGGUGCUUGUCUUCUUACGAUCAGAUGUGUAGGCAAUGAAAUUCCUGUAUUUGUAGCCUUUACUCAUGGCAAUAUGUGUGCCUUAGUUGCCAGCAGAAAGGGUACAGUUGAAGUGUGGCAACUCCUAAGCGGUCGACAACUCUUCUGUAUCUCUACAUUGAAGAAAGCGCUUCAGUUUUCUGUAUCUACCAAUCAACAGUUGUUGGGUACAUGCAGCAGCAGGGAAACAGGUUUGUGGAAUACAAACACAGGAUCUAUGAUAUGGAAGCGACACUUUGAACAGAUACCGUGUGACUUGGUCAUCAUGUCUACAACCGUGGUAGUUGCUGGGAGUAAGGGACUUUUGGGGCUUUCCAUUGCGGACGGUAAGGACUCUAUUGUGCAGUUUGAUACAAUGGAAGACAACGUAAGUUGUAUUACUGCUCAUCACACUGACGAUAAACUCUAUGUGCUAUUCAUCGGAUUGAAGAACAUACACUGCUAUGAUGUAAACACUGGAGAUGUUUGCAAAGUCUGCUGCUCGGGAGUAAAGCGAGCAGAGAAAGCGGUUGCCAUUGAUGACGCUGCAUGGCUUGUUUUAAAAAACGGUCAACUUGUGAUGGUGACGAAAGUCGGUUCUUCUGCCGUUUGUAUACAACAUGGAUAUGUAACUGCAUUUGCUUGCCACGAGUCCUCUCAUAUUAUGACUGGUUCAUCAUCUUCUCUUGUCUGUUUCUUUGACUUGGUAAAUUACUGUCAAGAAAUUCAGAGGAUAUCUGAUGACAGAAUGAUUCCAGUGGAUCGUAUCGAAGUUACUCAGGAUGAUGCUGUUGUUGGCCUUGGUGUGUACAGAUCAAACAAGUCUGUAGGUGAGAGUAAGAAAUUAACUCAUCUCACAGUGUGGGCUGGUACCGGUGAACUGCGUAAACACUUUCUAAUACGUUACUGUGUUAAACGCUUCACAGUGUUGCCACAACAUCGUGCUGUACUACUUUGCCAUCGUCGUCUAGUAGUGGUCAACUUGCAUAAUGGCAAUGUUGAGCACAAAAUCCAAGGUCAAACUGGACGAUAUUUGUAUGACAUAAGUAUGGACCAAUGCGGGCAUUUGGUGGUGCUGUCUAAAGGAAGACGAAAUCUAAAACUUGUUGAUGUGCAACAAGAAAAGGCCAUCACUGUCAUUAAGGUCGUUGAGAAGACAGAAAGACGUCGUCUCAAUUCUCUGCUUGUUAGUGCCAAUGGAAACGUGGCAGUUUGCUGCCAAGAAACCUGGUCACAAGACAUCGGUCAAGGAGAUAAUGGUUUGAUUUAUAUCGUGAACUUGAUCACGAGGCAGGCAGUUUUUGUCAUCUAUCCCGAGCAGAGUUACAACUUCUCGGGAUCAUCGGUUAGUUAUAGUGGUGAGCUGUUUGCUUUACCCAUGAAUGGAUUUGUUUCUCGCGAUGUGUAUAGUGAUGAUAAGCACGUUUACGGAUUUCAGCUCUACUCAUUGUCUGAGAAAUCAAAGUCCCAUUUGUUGUCUAAUGCUAGUGCAGAACCAUACAGAUCACACUGGUGUCCUUCCGGGCUCAUUCUUAUUACCAGUUGGUGGGAUUGUUCGAUUCGUUUGUGGUGCUGCAAAACUGCAAAUCUACUAAGUGUCCUGAAGCAACACAAAGAUGUUGCAUCAAAGUUUAUUGUGUCUCAGGAUGGACGGUUUUUUCUCUCAGCGUGUGAGAGUUCGGCUGAUCAUCAAUUACUUGUUUGGUCCACGAGUGACUGCACACUUGUAGCGUCAUUUACUCCUGAUGAAUGUCCAGAGGAAGUAACAAUGACUGCUACAGCAUCGUCUGUUGCCUACCGAUCUGCUACUCGUGGUCUUGUCACACUUGCUUUUUCUUCUAACUUCACUCAGCUUUCAGAGUCUUCUGUAUCCAAGGUAUCUUGCCAGUCAAUUGAGGCAGAAUUUUCAGCAAGAGCUCACUUUAAUGCUGACAUAGACUCUGACACAGACACUGAUGACUGCUAAGGGGCACUGACUGGUGUGAUGCAAUGAAAAGAAAUUUGAAUUGGUAAUUGAGUGAUGUUGUUUUUGUUUGUUUUCGUUUCAUUGUAGUUUUGUUGUUGUUGUUUGGCAACGCAUGAAUAACAGUAGAUAGUUCAGCAAGGACUGUACACGUGUGUACAUGUACACAUGAAUUAUUCAUUGAGAUCAUGGCACAGGCGUGGGGAAGGUGUCUGUGGUUAUUUGUGGCGCGCCUGUGCCGUCUGGUCUGUUUCCUGGUAUAAAUAUAACGUUUGUAUCUGUC